CUCUAUCCAUUCAUUCAUUCAUCCACCCGACAUCACCAUGUUGGCACAAUCUCUCCGAAUCUCGGUAACCCUCCUUCCCUUCCUUCCCUCCAUCCACCAAUAGACGAGCGGUCGAACGCUAAUCACCAAUUGUGAGUGAUGACAAACAGCGCACUCCCCUCGCUCGCUGUCUGGUCCGCCAGCAACGGCCCCUCUUCCGCACUUUUAUCGCCUCCACUACCCCUCGUAAAGGUUUUUUUUUCUCUUUCCAACAAUCCCGUCACUCGACUUACUUACCCUUCCUUCCUUCCUUCUGGUCACUAACGGUUCAUUCUCUAAAAAAAAGUAGAUCUCGUCCAGGAUAUAUAUCUCUUGGCACUGAAAGCCUACAAACCCAUUGCGGCCAAGGCCAAUGAUAGCGAAGGCCAGGUAAAGAAGUGGGCUCCUCCGGCUGCUCCGCGGAGCCCCGAGGCCGCUGGGGCCCUGCUCGCGCAGGAAUUGAAGGCCUACGAGGCACAAGAGGUUGAGGUUGAAGGGCAGAGCGCUGAGACUGGGGCCGAGGCCCGGGAGGAGGACUGGUUCGAGGAGGAGGCCAACUUUGGCACAGAGGAUGGUGCUAAGCAUUAGGUUUAGAGAGGGCUUUUUUGUCUUUUUUUUUUUUUUUGCCCUCUUUUGUUUUGCUGAGUGAGGGAUUGGGGGAUGUAGAAUUGCUGUACAGUGAGCGCUGGAUGAACGGAAUAUCAAAAUGGAGGGCGGAGUGUUAAAAAAAUGGAUGAGGGUUCGUUUGAAUGCCCAUGCUCUACGUUGAUGUGUUUUGUUUGGACUGCAUCUAGUUGGGUAUACUUGGUUGGGAGGUUAUAUUGAUAUCCGGUUUCGUGGUUACUUGCGAUACGCCCAUCCUUUGAGCGUGGGAGUUUGGAGUAGAGUUGGGGGGAUUUUGAUAUAUACAAGAAGACAAAGUGAUCGCACAAACCCCUGAUUUUUAGGAUGGGUAUGGUGCUUAACAUAACAAUUCACCUGAUACGCUGGCGACACUGGUGCCGUGACCUAUGCUGCCUAUGACCUCUUUGAAAUCGAAAGGGCUUUUCUGUCGGCUAUCCGCUCCAUUCUCAACCCAUUUUCAACCAAGCUCAUUGACCAGAUGUCUCAGAGGUGCUUCCGGAGGAUGGAGGAGCCCGGGGCGGUUUAAUGAAUUCGGGACGGGAGGGUGUACUCCAGAAAGAUUUCUUCAAAUCGGAGACCCAGUUACGAAGCUGACAGAAUAAUGAGUUUGAGUGCUAGAAAGGACCGAGAUCGUCGAGAUGCUCGCAUCGGAGAUGGGCUUACAGGUUGAACCAGCUUAUUGCCACGCUCCCCCCAGUCAUUGAUAAACGCUGCCCAGAAGACCACAGCUGUCUCGCCCAACAAAAAGCUGUUAGCUACAAUAUAUAAAUUCUUGACCGCCGAAGCUAGGGUAGGAAUCUUUCGACUGACAGCUAAUAAUUCCUCCCUGCGCCAGCUUGACAGCCUUCUGUAGCCGUGGCCGUGCAAACUUCAAUUUCAUCCGUCGUCGGUACCGCCGUUCGAGUCGGAAUUGGUGCUUUUGUGAGAGAAGCGAGAAGUCGGGAGGCCAUGGCUUUUUGGCCUUGUAAACCCUUUGCGCCAGGAGGGCUCCUGUCGGAAACAUGGUGAUGUUUGCCCGUCCGAUGUUUGGCGGUUUGACGGUCGCCGGAUCAGAUAAACGUGCUGUACGGUAUCUGGUAUGAUAGGCUAGAAAUACUAUGAUUCUGGAUGCUGGACAAUGGCGUUGUUGCGGAAGGAACUAUUAAGCCAAAUAACAACUGACAGCCUGCAAGGCGACAGCUCCCCGUUUAGUCUACGCUGACCCUGCGCUGUUCCGUCGCUCUUCGGUCUCGAAUCUCAACAUCUUAUCACUUGGCUCUGCAACGUACCGUAGCUCUCUUUGCAUCAACCCCCUCUGAUCCACGAACACCUAUCCACCAGCCAUCUCCAAUACCUUACCCUUCUCCACUUGAUCCCCCAUUCGGCCAUCACCUCCGCCCCAAUCUCACGGGCAAAAAACGAACAUGUCGAAUUUUCAUGCUGUACCGCAACCGCGGCGACCAGCUUCAGGCACUACCGGCACCGCGGUCAACGGUAACAAUGCGUCUCCCGUGGGCCCCGCGCCGGCUGCCUCUCAACCGGAUAUCCCAGGCGCCUCGCUAAUCCAACUAUCUCCACGGGUGUCCAACUCACCGACACGACCCCUCAAGGAGGAGGAGGAGGAGGAGGAAAAGCGUUGCUGGAUUUGUUACACUAGUGAGGCCGAGGAGGAGCUACCAAAGAGCGAUUGGAAAUCACCAUGCAAAUGCACCCUCGUCGCUCACGAGUCGUGUCUGCUUGAGUGGAUUGCGGAUCUUCAACGACCCGAGAGCAACAACCCUGGGGCCAAAAUUGCGUGUCCCCAGUGCAAAACCCAGAUCAGACUUAAGGAACGGAAAAGCAUUGUGUUGGACAUUGUUGAGGGGAUUACGAGGGUUGUUGGAAGGGCCGUUCCCGUUCUAUUACUUGCUGGUUUGUGCACUGGAAAUUGGAUUGGAUUUUGUUUGGGAACAAUUGUGCUAACAGAAUACAUAGGUGUUGGUUCUGUCGUGUUUGUUGGGUGUACGGUUUACGGUAAUAUAUCUUGGUUCCCGUCCACUGGGUCGUCCAAUCGCUAACACUCUGAGCAGGCGUCAACACAAUAUAUGCUGUUUGUGGCCCGGCAUAUGCAAACCAGAUCCUACUAGGAAGGAAUUCCGAAUUCGCUUGGACAUGGCGUAUGUCUAUAUCCUCUUAUUUCCCGUGAUAAAUCUAUAACCCAAUGCAACUGGACUAACGCGGCACAAAAAUAGGUCUCGGUAUUGGUCUUCCGCUUAUCCCAUUCGUACUCGUAGCAUCUCGUACCCGCACCUUUGAAUCCGCUCUCCCGGUUCUCCCGCUAAUCUUCUUCUGUCAUUCCGACCCUCUCUACUUAUCGUUUCCGCCAUCACCAGCUAUCACUCUAGCGGUGUUACCCUACUUAAGGGGAGCUUACAAUAGUCUUUGGAGUCGUUUCAUAAGUCCCUAUGAAGAUGGUUGGAUCAAGGAUGUCACCCCGGCUUAUGCCCUAGAAAAUGCAGAGAACCGGCAGGCAGCCAACCAGAACGCCAAUGAUCAGAGGAGACAGGAGAACGUCAACGGCCAACAAGGGAACCGGCAGGCGGGAGAGAACGGGGAAUUAGGCGCGGAGGCUGCCGUAAACGGCAAUAGGUGGGAUGGAGAGGUCCAUCUCGAGAAUCAUAACAUCAUCAUUCAGGGAAGCAACAUCACAAAUAUGAUCCUAGGAGCACUGCUUUGGCCGAGCGUUGCAAGGAUGGUGGGGGAGAAUGUCCUUGGGAAGUGGCCCAAAGCCUGGGGAGGUGACGUUGUAAGGAAGCUGCUUCCGGAGGGUGUCGUGAGGAAUGUUGUUGGUGGGCUUAUGGCCGUGGUGCUAAAGGUAUGUCAUGUUUUGCUUUUCGUUGCAUCGAUUUCGGGAUCCCGCACAUUUCCGUUUCCGGGUGUUGGUUUCCCGAAUGUUGGUACCCGGUUCACUGGGAGGAAGGAAAUCCACGCCCUCGGUGCAGCACGAACCGCAACUGUGGACAACCGGUUGUGUUUUUUUUUCUUUUUCCGUGCCGCCAAGAGUCGAUGACGAG